AGAGGUGAGAGAGAGGAGAGAGGAGAGAGAGGAGAGAGACUGCAUUUUUGUUUGAGAAGUAUUACUUUUUAAAUUGUAUUAAUGAGAUCGUAUCAAAAUCUACAUGAAUAAGAUAGUAAAGACUUACAAAAGAAAGAAAGAAAGACAGAAAGAAAGAAAGAAAGAAAGAAAGAAAGAAAGAAAGAAAGAAAGAAAGAAAGAACGAAAGAAAGACAGACAGACAGACAGACAGAAGUUAACUUUCAAGGUGGCCCGUCUGUUUGUUCUCUCAGUCUCGGAGCGCCCUCUGGCGGCGAAGUCCCGACGCUGCAGGCGGAGCGGAGAACGCAUCAUGCCCUCUCUGCUCCAGUUGCUGUGUGCUCUGACGCUGGUUGCCGCGGUGACGGUUGCCAAGCCGACGCAGGAGAAGCGCGACCGCGUCGUGCACGGCCGGGAGCUCAGUGACCACGCCCACGAUGACGCGAAGGCGGGGUUCCAGUACGACCACGAGGCGUUCCUGGGGAAGGAGGAGGCGAAAACCUUUGAUCAGCUGAGCCCAGAGGAGAGCAAAGAGAGGCUGGGGAGGAUCGUGGAUCGUAUUGACUCAGAUCAGGACGGGUUUGUGUCUCAGGCUGAGCUCCACUCUUGGAUCAGACGAGCUCAGAGACGCUACAUUGAGGAGAACGUGGGGAAGCACUGGCAGGAGUACGACCUGAACAAAGACGACCGGAUCUCCUGGGAGGAGUACAAGAACACCACAUACGGGUAUUACAUGGAUGAGGAGUUUGAUGAUGUUGAUGAUAAGCACAGUUAUCGUGCGAUGCUCUCUCGUGAUGAACGACGGUUCAAACUCGCUGAUCGGGACGGUGACCUCAUCGCCAGCCGGGAGGAAUUCACGGCGUUCCUCCAUCCUGAAGAAUUCGAGCACACGAGAGGGAUCGUCGUCACGGAAACAAUUGAAGACAUUGACAAGAAUGGAGACGGAUUCGUAGAUCUGGAGGAAUAUAUCGGUGACAUGUACACAGCGGAGGUGGGCGAGGCGGAGCCUGAUUGGUUGAAGACGGAGCGUGAGCAGUUCAGAGACUUCCGUGACGUCAACAAGGAUGGUAAGCUCGAUAGUGGUGAAGUUUCUAAAUGGAUUCUUCCAGGAGAAGUCGAUCACACAGAGACUGAAGCCAUACACCUGAUCUACGAGAGUGAUCAAAACAAGGAUGAGAAGCUGACGAAGGAGGAGAUCCUGAAUAACUGGAACAUGUUUGUGGGGAGCCAAGCGACCAACUAUGGAGAAGACCUGACAAAGAAACACGAUGAGCUUUAGAGAGAGAGAGAGAGACCUCUGCGGCAAUAUAGAACUACAGCUCCCAGCAUGCCUCUGCACCUGCGACCAUGGCGAGGGAUGCCGGGAGAUGUAGUUCUUUAACUACACUGAGCCAUGCUGUGGUCUUGUAUCAAAAAAAAAGAUACUACAUUAUAUAACUACAGCUCCCAGCAUGCCUCAGCCCACAAGGGAUGCUGGGAGCUGUAGUUCCUUAAUUACAAUGAGAUGUCCUGUGGUCUCGUAUCAGAAACUGCACAGACCUCUAGACAAUAUAUAAUUACAACUCCCAGCGUGCCUCUGCACCCGCGGCCGUGGCGAGGCAUGCUGGGAGCUGUAGUUCUUUAUGCUGCGGUCUCGUAUCACAAGCGAUACAGACCUCUAUUACGACACAUCAUGUAAAGAAAGCAUCGCGAUUCAUCGAGACACAGUGAAUCACUCCAGCCCUGGCUAUAGGACUACAGCUCCCAGCAUGCCUCUGCACCCGCGGGCCAUGGCGAGGCAUGCUGGGAGCUGUAGUUCUUUAUGCUGCGGUCUCGUAUCACAAGCGAUACAGGCCUCUAUUACGACACAUCAUGUAAAGAAAGCAUCGCGAUUCAUCGAGACACAGUGAAUCGCUCCAGCCCUGGCUAUAGGACCACAGCUCCCAGCAUGCCUCUGCACCCGCGGCCAUGGCGAGGCAUGCUGGGAGCUGUAGUUCUUUAUGCUGCGGUCUCGUAUCACAAGCGAUACAGGCCUCUAUUACGACACAUCAUGUAAAGAAAGCAUCGCGAUUCAUCGAGACACAGUGAAUCGCUCCAGCCCUGGCUAUAGGACCACAGCUCCCAGCAUGCCUCUGCACCCGCGGGCCAUGGCGAGGCAUGCUGGGAGCUGUAGUUCUUUAUGCUGCGGUCUCCUAUCUCAAUACCAAUGCCCCAAUGUAACGAAAGCAUCGCGGAUUCAGUUUCCACACCGCUGUGGUUUCUCGUGCGCUCGUCCGCAUCUCGGGUUUUAUAAAUGUUUUGUAUUUAACAAAGGGUUUUUUGGUUACAAAAAUUAAUAAAAUACAAAUAAUGGGGGACUAAGA